GCCGAAGGCGCCGCAACAACCCACUGCUGCUCGUCUGAUAAAGGGCAAGUGGUGGAAUUACGCUGGCGACAUAGACAGUGAGGUAGGAAUCAUCUGCCUCUAUCUCUGUUAUUUCGUCUCGACCGUGUGUCUUCACGGCGGCGGCGGCGGUGGCGUUAUCACCCGCGCCAAAGACUCCGCUGUCCUCGCGCAUCCGGUGACGAAACCGCCCCAACGGCAGGGGGGAGAUUCCAAGAAAAACAAGCAGCAGAAGAAGCAGAACACGCCCGUCGUUGCGAACGGAAAUGCCAAACAAGUCCCCCAGUCAACAGAAAACACUGUCUUGAACGAUUUGGAGGAUACUGAGCUUGUUAUUUUCAACAAGGUAAGCCAUAUUCAUCACUCAUUCUAA